AUGGCGUUGCAAUCAAACACACCCCUGGAGUUCCUCAACGGCCCAAAUAAGCAAGCACUUCUCGAUGCAUAUGUUGGGAAACCCAUCGACAGUAUCAGAACUCCAGCUAUCUUCAUUGACCGCAAAUUGUUUGCGCAUAAUUGCGCAAACAUGCACAAAAAGGCACUGGAUUGGGGUGCGACCUUCCGUGCUCAUCUCAAGACGCACAAAACCGUUGAAGGAACAAGGCUCCAACUACAUUCACAAGCAAACCAAACACAUGCUGUUAUUGUCUCCACUCUCAUGGAGGCUUGGCAGGUUGUCCGUAGCGGGUUAGUCGCAGAUUCCACGGUCAAAGAUCUGUUAUACGGUCUCCCAGUUGCUAUAAACAAAGUGCAAGAUCUUUCGAAUCUUCGACAAGAAUUUGCUCAAAGUGGAGGUAUCGUUCGGCUACUAGUUGACCAUCCCGACCAAAUCACAUUUCUGGAUCAAUUUGAAGCCAAUCAAGCAACAUCGGCCAAGUGGUCUGUCUUCAUUAAAAUAAACGGUGGUCAAAACCGUGCUGGAGUAUCUCCUGGAUCACCUGUAUUUUACUCCCUUCUUGAUGCCGUUGUGAAAUCUAAAUUUGUUAGGCUUUUUGGAUUUUAUGGGCAUGCAGGAAAUUCAUACGCAUCGACGUCACUUUCUGAUGCCUCUGCAUUUUUGUCCGGGGAGGUUCGAGCUGUAAACAUCGCCGCCGAGUACGCGCUGGAUAUGAUUUCGAAAUUGAAUCAUCGUGUCGAUGUUACCCAACCAUUUACACUGUCUGUUGGAUCAACACCAACGGCACACGCUGCCAGUAAACAGACAAGGGAACUGCUUUCUGAAGUGUUGCAUGGUACUCUGGAGCUUCAUGCAGGUAAUUAUCCUAUGCUAGAUUUGCAACAACAACAUACGAGCUUGAUCGAUUAUGCUCGCAUCGCCCAACAUGUCAGGGCAACAGUAGUAUCAUAUUACCCUGGCAGAGGCGUGGAUGGAGUCGAUGAAGCUUUGGUGGACGCCGGGGCUAUCGCAUUUAGCAAAGACACAGGUCCUUCAGGAAGCUUCGGGGAGGUCAUCGGUCUUCCAUGGACUCUAUCAAGGAUAUCACAAGAACAUGGAAUUUUGACUCCAAGAAACUCAAGCGCGACUCCUCUGAAACUCGGAACGAUUGUCCGUAUCGUUGGCCAACAUGCCUGUUUGACUGCUGCAGCGAGGGAAAUGAGGUUGUUGAUGUAUGGGUCCCAUGGAAGGGAUGGUGAAUGUGGAGGAAAGCCCCUAUCUCAUCUAUGA